AAAAACCCAUGAGAAGUGCUGACACACAGCCAGACAGAGCUUUUGUAGAAGGGUUUUAUCUGCAGUUCAGAAAGCUCUCAGCUCUAUCUUCAUCUCUUCUGUCUUCACACUGAAGAUGCUCCACAGUUUGAAGCCCUGUGAGCUGCAGACUGGAGGAUUCUGCUUCGAAAACAGCCGCAGGAAUGCAGUGUUGGAGUCCAGUUUGUCAGAGCUCGGCUACAAAGCCCCAAAUGCCAGAAAGACAGGGACCACCAUUGCUGGGAUUGUUUACAAGGAUGGAGUCAUCCUAGGAGCAGACACCCGGGCUACAGAUGACAUGGUGGUGGCUGACAAAAACUGCAUGAAGAUUCACUACAUCGCUCCGAACAUCUACUGCUGUGGAGCCGGCGUGGCUGCAGACGCAGAGAUCACCACACAGAUCAUGUCGUCCAACGUCGAACUGCACAUGCUCAACACUGGGAGACCGCCCCUCGUCGCCAUGGUAACUCGACAGCUGAAACAGAUGCUGUUCAGGUACCAAGGUCACAUCGGUUCAUCUCUGAUCGUUGGAGGAGUGGAUGUAAGUGGAGCUCACCUGUACAGUGUUUACCCACAUGGCUCCUACGACAAACUUCCUUUCCUCACCAUGGGGUCCGGAGCUGCAGCUGCUGUCUCAGUAUUUGAGGACAGAUUCAAACCAAACAUGGAGCUGGAGGAGGCGAAGCAGCUCGUACGAGACGCCAUCGCUGCAGGGAUUUUCUGUGACCUGGGUUCAGGAAGCAACGUGGACUUAUGUAUUAUCACCAAGGCUGGAGUGGAGUACCUGCGAGGCUACGACAAGCCCACGACAAAGGGCAAAAGAGAGGGACAGUACAGAUAUAAGCCCGGCACCACAGCUGUCCUGACCAAAACCGUGACCCCUCUCUCUCUGGAUGUGGUCGAUGAAUCUGUUCAGAUCAUGGAACACUGAAUAAAAUACAAUACAUGCUCCUGGUGGAAUCAAAGCUAUUCAAUAAUACAUCAGUUUAGUAAAUUAAAAGAAAAACAACUGGGGUCACAUGACAGGUUGUUUUUCUAGAGUCAUUGACUGGACAGGAAAUAGUUUUGCAAUAAAAGCUUUUGUUUGUUAAA